CCGACCCCUCCCCGCCACUCACAGCCCGUCCUCAUCCCUGCAUCCCUGCCGCCGGCGGGGCCCGAGUGCCCGCGGGUGCCACGCGCGGUGUCGGGCGGAGCCUGUGCAGGUGACCCCCGGAGGACCGGGGCUGGCUUGAGGCGGCGGUGGGGACAGGCGUGCCUUUUCAGGCCGCUGCGCCGCCAGAGUCUGCGAUCACUCGGUGCCGAGAAGCCGGGCUCGGCGCGCAGCCGGGGAGCCCUCGGCCGUGCACCCCCUGCGCCGCCCCGGCUGGGCAGCGGGGCCGGGGCCGUGGGGAGCGAACGGGUAACUUCCCCGGGCCGGCGGCCGCCAGCCAGGUCCAUCCCGCCUCCCGCCGCCUCGGGACACAAGGUGCUGACCCCGCGGACCUGCCAUGAAACCACACUUGAAGCAAUGGAGACAAGGGAUGCUCUGCGGGAUAUUUGCUUGGGGGCUUCUCUUCGUGGUGAUCUUCCUCUACUUCACCGACAGCAACCCUGCCGAGCCCGCGCCCAGCUCCUUCUCCUUCCUGGAGACCAGGAGGCUGCUGCCGGCGCAGGGGAGGCAGCGGGCCAUUAUGGGCGCAUCGGAGGGCCUGCCCGAGGGCGCGGACGCUCGCAGAGGGCUGCCCCGUGGACACCCGUCCAGCCCCCUGCACGCGCGGCCAGGCGACCUGCGGACAUGGGCCCGAGACCGCUUUGAAAAUGAAGAAGAGUUCCUUUCGCCCCAGAUGGGGAGAACAUCGCAAAGCGCUUUCCCCGCGGAGGACGCCGCUCCGGGCACGUCGGGCACGUCGGGGCCCCUCUCCCCCGGAGACCUGGGCCCGGAGGGGGCUCUAGUGGCGCGCCGGGUCCGGGAGCGGCGGGCGAAGCGAGGGUCCCGGAGGCAGAGCCGGAGCGCAGCGCCCGGGGCGGGCGAGGACGGGGAGCGGCUGUACUCGUCCAUGUCCCGGGCGCUCUUGCGGCGGCUCUGGAAGGGCGACGCGUCGGCGCGGAUGCUGCACCCGCGCCUGCAGAAGGCCAUGGGCGCCUACCUGCGCGCCAACAAGCACGGCGUGCGCUUCCGGGGGCGCCGGGCCGCCGGGCGCAGCCGCGCGGAGCUGCUGUGCGCGCUGCGGGGCCGCGUGCGGGUGCGCACCCUGGACGGCACCGAGCCGCCCUUCUCGGCACUCGGCUGGCGCGCGCUAGUCCCCCCAGUACCGCUCGGCCGGCUGCUCCCGCGCGGGCUCAGGACCUGCGCCGUGGUCACGUCGGCUGGCGCCAUCCUCAACUCGUCCCUGGGCGAGGAGAUAGAUUCCCAUGAUGCAGUUUUGAGAUUUAACUCUGCUCCUACACGUGGCUAUGAGAAGGAUGUUGGAAAUAAAACCACCGUCCGCAUCAUUAAUUCCCAGAUUCUGACCAACCCUAGCCAUCACUUCAUUGACAGUUCAUUGUAUAAAGAUGUCAUCUUGGUGGCCUGGGACCCAGCUCCUUAUUCUGCAAAUCUUAACCUGUGGUACAAGAAGCCAGAUUACAACCUGUUCACUCCGUAUGUUCAGCAUCGCCAGAGAAACCCAAACCAGCCGUUUUACAUUCUUCACCCCAAGUUUAUCUGGCAGCUUUGGGACGUCAUUCAGGAGAACACGAAGGAGAAGAUCCAGCCCAAUCCGCCGUCCUCGGGCUUCAUUGAGCUGGUUGUAGCUGCAGGUGUCAGGGAUACACCUGAGCGAUGGCACGGUUUGUGCCUGGAAGCACCCACGCUGAGGGAGAGUACGUGUCCCAUCAACUGUGUCACUUGCACGUGCACUCGUUAUGAAAGAGCCUAGAGUUGAUGACAAACAUCCGGGUUAGCACCUCGACGUGUUCGUGGUGACAGCAGAUCCCCGGUGUAUCCUUUGAGGUGUUUCCAGCCAUGGCAUCCCCAUCUCUGCUCCCAGCUACCCCCGAAGGCUUUGUUCUUUGUGUAUCAGGACACAUUUCUAAAACCAUAAAGCAUCCCUCCAGAACAGUCCAAGAAAAAGCCAACCCAGAACAGCAGCACAGAGGAGGCACUUUGUUUUCCUGCAAUAUUUCCUUGCUUGGCUAGGAACAUCCAGGGCAGGUAAUACAGAAUUGGGGGCUGCAGGGUAGCCCUGGACAGGACGGUCCCAGGCCCUAGCUUUUCUGGCCUCUGCACCCUCCAGCUCUCCCCACAGCCUUUGUAACCACAGGCACUGAUGAUGAGGACAUCCUCAUGGGGUUGGAAGGAGUCCUUCCAGCCUCAGGCUGUCGCCCUGUGCUUCUGGGGCUGAACACCUGUCUCUCUCAUGUGUUUUACUUGCAGGUUAAUAUCAGCUAUUGGGAUCCUGACGGUGAUGUACUGAUUUUCACUAAUUCUUCCUACAGGCAGAUGUUUAGGAAUCCCACCCUGUUUCCACAGAUCUGUUCUACGUCAGCCACCUAACAAAGCCAUAUAAUUAAAUACAGUUGUGUGAAAGCAUCACUCUUUAACAAAUAGGCAAAUAAGUAUUAACGUAUACUUCGGAGGGAAAGGCAGGAAGAAGGAAGAUUAUCAUCCCAGUGUGUUGGUUUUGUUGUAAUCUCAACUUUUGUCACUGAUACAUUGAAAAAAAAAAAUUUCUUUUUGCUGUAAGUGUAGUGAAACAAACAUUUUGGAAUACCUUAGUUAAACAUGCAGUUUCAAUCUAUAACCAAAACCUAUCUCAGUGGUACAGUUAAGACUUCUUGGCAACGACAGUAGCAGAUUAAUUAAAUACAUUCUCCUCUGCAAGUGUGUGAACGUCAGGAGAGUUUAGUGCUGAAGGUUUUUUGUUCCAGGAUUGCUUUUUUCCCGAGCAAGAGUAGUUGACAGAAAUCAGCUACUCUGUUUGGUUGAUGUACUCAUAAGAAUCGGGUUGGGUCCCAGCAUCUCCUACGGCUCAUUGUUAUAGGGAAGUAGGGGUCACUGAAACGCUUCAAUCAUGACAAUAUCCACUGAGAGUACACUUUGAGAGCUUUGCUUCCGGAUCUGUCUGAGGGGAUGGAUAAUUCUGUUCAGCACAUUGGCUUACGUCUGAGCAGACGUGGCCGGGCCACUUUUCUUCCUGGUUUCCUGAAAGAGUGUGGUCCGAUCCAGUGUCUAGUGAGUAAUGAUUUCAGUGACUCUGGACUCUGGGAGGUGGCUGAUGUGGGAUGAGCAGUCCAGCCACCCUUGUCCAUCCCUGGACCCUGCAGGCUCUGCCUUCAGAGAUCCACAACACUGAAGCUUCUGUAAUAAUCUUCCUACCGUAUUUCCCUGCCGGCCUCCUUAUGUCCAGUACAACUCCCUCUGGUGGGAUGAGAUCAUGGGGAGAAGAAAAUUUACGGGAGGUCAAUGUAAAUAUUCAAGUUCAAAAGCCCCAGAAAACAGUGGAACGAUCUAUAACUAUUGAUACGUUUUAUUGUGACACAUGUAUUUUUAAAACAUACUUUCAGUCUCACCAAGGUUGUAAGAAAGACUGAAGAGCGUAAAGAAAUUUAAUUAAAGGUUUUGGAUUUAAUAUGACCUUAAAGACCCUUGGGAACCAAGGUCUGCUAAACAUUGAGAAAAUGGGAUAUACAUAUUAACACAAUGUGGGCUGGGCACUUUUCUAUUUAACAGUUUAAUUUGUUUAGCUCCUCAAAAGUAUUAGGCAGUUUUAGUUGAUGUGGUGACUGCUACUAGUAUUAGUGAAAUUGGCCCUAAGUGGCAGUGUUUUCCCAGACAUUGAUUAAGCCCUCAAAUGCCAUGGAUUGCAGUAAACACCCAGCCCUUCCCUGGAGGAAUUACAGGAAAUGGUGCCACGCUGCAUUUCUUCCAGGCUUCACCCCUUCCAGACCCUCCAUCCUCUGCUGUGAAGGGACGUUUGAUAAACGGAAGCCAUUAGGUGGCCCUUUCUUCACUCUCAGGACUGAGGAAGGUCACAUUGCUUUACGUCUCGAGGUGACCACUUGAUCUUUUGUUGUUGUCAUAAUGAAACAAACAUUGAUCAGGAAUGACCACUCACCUGUAUCCAGCCCUUCCCCAGGUACGAGGAGAAGGUCCAACAGGUGUAGCAUCCUCACUGUCCCCGGGGUAGCCAGUGCUGGCCCUGUGUGUCACCUGGGCACAGGGCCAGCGGGUGGGCAGAUAGGAGUUGCACGUAAGCAUCCUCUCCCCCGGGGCCAGCGAGGGGCUUUGGUUCAUCUUUCAGUCCCGGGGUCUGUCCUCGUCUGCCGGAUGCAGGGCUUAAGGAACCUCGGCCCCACCCUCGCUGUAUGUCUCGAAUCCUCGGCCCGGCAGCCAGACCUUUAAUCAACCCUGGGCUCCCCAGUAAUCCUCUGUCAUGGGAGCCAUAGCAUCUGGACAAAACCAUGCUGAAAUUAUCAUUAGCCUUUUCCAAAUUGGGAAAAGAAAUUCAGUGUUUAAAUCUGCCCCAGGUCACUCUGUUACAUGACCAUGAGCCGGUUCCUGCUGGUGGAACAGAUUAAUACCUGAUGUUGUGGGCUGACCCUUCAGGGCAGGAACACUUACAGCCACUGAAUUAAAUUAGGUCCUGUCCGGCUGUGUGAAGUGGGAUCAGGCUCACGUGAGUAAUGGUAGGUGAUGGAGGAAUUUUGUGUGCACAAAUGACAUGAUGAAAGCUCUGUCUCCAGCCUUUUUCUUAGAGAGUGAGGCACCGUGCGUGGUUGAGGCUGGUGGCCAAAGUGACCUGGUCCCAUUGCUGUUUAGCUGUGGGAAGAGACGGAGCCAAGAGGUGGGGUGAUUAUCGAGAAACACAUGGCUGAAUGCACGGGCCAGAUAGUGUCUGAAUAUAUUCAGUCAGAUUGUCUGUGUCAACCUCUCAUUUUCUGAUCACUUAGGACUCUUGACCAGUGGUUCCACAGCUGAUGAGGGCAGCUGCAUGUGUAGAAAUUCAGCACUUAGGGAAAAGUGUACCUGAGUUCAAACUCGUGUUUUAUACUCCAGAUAUGUCCAUUGUGAAAUUAUUGUGCAUGUUUCUGUCUCUCGGGCAUUGUUUACACAAUUGGUAAAUGAAAGGUAUUUAUCUGUCAAGGAAAUAAAUUGUAAGUUCUGAUUCUUGCUUUAUUAAGUGAAUGAAGCCUUUUUAGUAAGAAGCAGCCCAGCAAAUUUCUCUGCAAACUUGAGCUAAUGGAAUUUAAAGAAUUAAAGAUAUUGAUAUAAUUCUUACUCUUGUUAUAAAAAGUGUGCAUGUAGAUAUAGUUAUAUAAUUGUAUAUAUACGUAUCUACACACAUGGUUGCUUUUAUAUUGUCUUCUUUCAUCAAACUUUAUUUCUGAAACCUUUACAAUAAAUUUUGUUUUAAUUAUGCAAACACCAGUUUUUUAAGAGAAGUAACCAAAUGUUAUGUGUCCUUCUGUCAAACAAAGAAAAAAAAUCCAGUCUUCCCAUGUACUCGUAUUUCACACAUUCUGGCUACAUUAAAAAGUCGGGCAGAAAUAUUUAAAAGGUGCUCUGAGGGUAGAAUUAGGACCUGAAGGUUGUAUCCUUGUCAGAAGCCUAAAUGAACUCUGACCUUUGAUGGGUAGUUGAUCUAGAACUCAUGGAUUUUGCAAGAUUAGGGGAAGAAACAUUUAUUUGAUUCUAUGGAAGAUAAUCUUCUUCCUUGGUAGGUUUCACACAAAUUAACUGCACUAGAACUGUUAAAACCUAACAUUCAUGAUACCACACAUCCUGUUUUACUCUAGAUGAAAUCCAUAUGAAGUUUUUCCAGUGGAAACCAGUGAACUUUUUUAACAGCUUUGGGAAUUUUUUGUAUAAUAAUUUUUAAAAUUGAAAUGUGUACUCUUCAAAUGAAUUAAGGCUUGAGGUUUUCCAGGAGUCACCUUUUCAAAGUGUUUGUACACAUUUUAACCCUUGAAUAUUUUCUAGUUUGGUUUUGUAUAUUUUUAUGUGUACACAGUGUACAGACUUUUUUCUUGUAAAUAAAA